UCCUUUUGUCUAUUGACCAAUCAGGAGUCAACAUCCCGAAACAGCUCACUGUACCUGUCGUGCGGCUCAGAAACGGGACCGCUAACUAGCUAAUACACUGACAGAAAGCUAAAAACACAACACUUUAACUUUGUGGGGCUAUUCAGUUUUCUUAUCCUGAACAUCAACAGGGUAACCAGCUCGCACUAUAGCUGCAAACUGUACCAUGGUCGGUGUUAAAGUGAUCGGGAGCGACCCGGACUUCCAGCCGGAACUAGCGGCCGCCGGCUCCAGGCUCGCCGUGGUGAAGUUCACAAUGGCUGGAUGUCGGCCCUGUGUCAGAAUAGCUCCAGCUUUCAACACAUUGAGUAACAAGUAUCCACAGGUCGUCUUCCUUGAAGUAGACGUUCAUGUGUGUCAGGCGACAGCGGCAGCCAACAACAUCUCAGCCACACCAACAUUCUUGUUCUUCAGGAACCGGGUUCGGGUGGAUCAGUAUCAAGGGGCGGACGCUGCCGGUCUGGAGGAGAAGAUCAAACAGCACACAGAGAACGACCCAGGAAACAGCGAGGACUCGGACAUUCCAAAGGGAUAUAUGGACCUCAUGCCUUUUGUCAACAAAGCCGGCUGCGAGUGCCUCAAUGAGAGCGACGACUGUGGCUUCGAUAACUGCUUAAUCAAAGACUCCUCUUACCUGGAGUCUGAUUGUGAUGAACAGUUGCUGAUCACUAUCGCCUUCAACCAGCCUGUGAAACUCUUUUCUAUGAAACUGCAGUCCUCGGAGUUUGCUCAAGCCCCAAAGGUGCUGAAGGUGUUCAUCAACCUCCCUCGGUCGAUGGGUUUUGAUGACGCAGAGCGGAGCGAAGCUACUCAGGUUCUGGAGCUGUCGGAGGAAGACUACAAAGAUGACGGUUUGAUUCCUCUGCGCUACGUCAAGUUUCAGAACGUACAGAGUGUUACGUUGUUUGUCAAGUCAAACCAGGGAGACGAGGAGACGACAAAAAUCAACUACUUGACAUUCAUAGGCACUCCAGUACAGGCCACCAACAUGAACGACUUCAGAAGGGUCGUUGGAAAGAAAGGAGAGAGUCACUGAGCAGGAGAACAAAGGAGAGGAUGAGAAGAAGAGAAAGACGAGGCUCCAGAUACAUCAAAGGACUUUCACUCUGCCAAAGCUGCCACACACACACACACACACACACAGCCUCCAAAUGACUCGUCAAAGCCCUGAAUGAAUUCUCCAUCUGUGGAGAGUCGGUCUAUGAAUCAUUUGUAUUGUAAUUCUGAUGAAAAUCACUGUAAAUAAAACACAAUCCUUUUUCAAAGGC